GGUGGCGUCAGUUUACCGUCAUACGACCCUCCAGAUUCCAAGCGAAGUUCUCACAAGCACCGGCCCGUCAGGAGCGCGUGGGAGUGCGCUUGUGGGAAAGCGUUCGCUCGCGCCGCGGCUCAGGAACGAGGAACUUCGACGCUCAACUGCCCAGCAAGACCAAUGAACGUGAAAUUCAUCAUGUUUCUUUCGCCCUAGCUCACGAAACACCUGGAACAUUUCUUGAGCUGAUUUCAAAUCAACCCACCCACACCUCACCAUGCUCCUCUACUCCUGCUGUUGACCUUUGACAGCGAUGGCAGACCGCUCGGUGGCUCCGGGUCAGAUGUACAUAGAGGUGAUGCACGACUAUGAGUACAAAUCCAAAGACCGUGUGAUCAUCAUUAAACAGGGAGAACGUUACCUGCUUGUGAAGAAGACCAAUGAAGACUGGUGGCAGGUGCGCAAGGACGAGGCCAGUAAGGCCUUCUAUGUCCCAGCGCAGUAUGUGCGGGAGGUGCGACGGGCUCUCAUGCCCCCUCCUAAACCUCUCAGUGCAGCAGGCCGAGGGGGGACUGGACCCAUUCGACCAUCUGGCCUGGAGAUCCAGUGGCCAGAUGAGAACAAAAAGAGCCCGUGUCCCUCUCCCUCCGGCAAUGCUUUACUGCCGCCCAAUGAUGACAGAGGCAGCCCGGGCAGCCCGACGGCACACGUCCCCCCAACACAAAUUAACACUUUACCUGGCUCACUUCCUCGUUCCAGAGCCAAGUCCCCAAGUCGCAAUGUAGAUGGAGAGAAGGAUAAAGAUAAAGAGUUGGAGAAGAGCAGUCGUGGACCAGAAAAAGGUGCAAUUCAUGAAGAGUUUGCCGGAGAGGGAGGUGGCUUGGAUAAGAACCAAAAUGAUUCAGAAUCCGCGGAUGAUCUCAGCAGCGGUUCAACUGAUAACCUACAGACUUUAGGUUCAGGGCAGGGCAGGCCUGACUCUCCUGUCUACAUAAACCUGCAGGAGUUGAAGAUCUUUCAGUCCUCCAUCCCUCCACUGCCAUCCUCCUCUCCGUUCCACACCAAUGGCGACUGGGAGACUCACAAAGACCAGAAUGGCAGACACUUCUACUACAACCGCAGCACGCAGGAGAGGACCUGGAAACCCCCAAGGCCACGGGACAGCCUCACCAGGAAAGAGGAAAAACAAGACAUGACUGACACUGAGGUUCUGUCAUCAGAGGAAAACUGUCUGAGCAGCCAAUCAGACAGCCAGUAUGGUUCGCCCCCUAGAGGCUGGCCUGAGGAAAUGGAUGAGCAUGGACACACACUCUAUGUGUCUGACUAUACUAAUGAGAAGAAGUGGUUGAGACACACAGACGAGCAUGGCCGGCUGUAUUACUACAGCACAGAUGGCUCCAGAUCUGAGUGGGAGCUUCCUAAAAUUGGUCUCAAAUCACAGUCUAACCACUCACCUCUGCUACCAGGAGAUGCUCACAAAACACGUAGUCUUGACCGGAGACUGCCUGAUUUCAUUCCUAUGAGGCCGAGAGACAGCGUAUAUUUACAUGAGUCCAAUGACAAGUUAAAACAGAAAUCCGUCAAGGACCGGCGAGCCUUACCCCCGCACCGCAAAAGCACCUUCCGCUUUUACCCUUAUAGGCCACAAUCGUCAGAGAAAUGUGGCAAUUUAAACAUGACUAAAAUCACUGAACAUGGAAAAAAGGUCCGGAAGAACUGGACCUCCUAUUGGAUAGUUUUGCAGGGUUCUUCACUACUAUUUAAUAAGGGUCAAGGGGGCGGGACUGGUUGGUUUGGAAGAGACCAGAAGCUGGAGUUCAGUGUGGAACUCAAAGGAGGUUCAGUGAACUGGGCAUCUAAAGACAAAUCGAGCAAGAAACAUGUUCUAGAGCUGAAGACCCGGCAGGGCAUGGAGCUCCUCUUGCAGUCAGAUAACGACAGCCACAUCAGUGAGUGGCACAAGGCUUUGACUGAAGCCAUACACACAUAUGCAUGGGAGUCUGAUGAGGCCAUUGAAGAAGACAUGCCAGAAUCUCCUGACACUGAGAAACAUGACAAAGAAAAAGAGCAAAGAAACUCCAAGAAGGGCAGGGAUAUUAAGAAAUCCGUAAGCAUGGAUAAUGCAGCGCAGAAGAAGAAGACCAAGCUGAUGAAGCUCCUCACAGUCAGACCCACUUUACAGGCCGUCAAAGACAAGGGCUACAUUAAAGAUCAGGUGUUUGGCUCCAGUUUGAGCAGUCUUUGUCAAAGAGAGAAUUCCACCGUCCCUCACUUUGUCUUGAUGUGCAUUGAGCAGGUGGAGAAGAACGGGUUAGGAGUGGAUGGUUUGUACAGAGUGAGUGGAAAUUUGGCCUUUAUACAAAAACUGAGAUUUGCUGUUAAUCACGAUGAGAAAGUGGAUUUAGAGGACAGUAAAUGGGAAGACAUUCACGUAACCACUGGAGCUCUGAAGAUGUUUUUCCGUGAGCUACCAGAACCGCUGUUCCCCUACGCUUUCUUCAACAACUUCAUCACUGCUAUCAAAAUGCCUGAUUAUAAGCAGAAAGUUCAGGAGGUUAAGGAUUUGAUGAAGCAACUGCCACGGUCUAACCACGACACCAUACAGGCGCUCUUCAAACACCUGAAGAAAGUGAUCCAGCAUGUCGACGAGAAUAGGAUGACCACGCAGAGUGUAGCCAUCGUGUUCGGCCCGACGCUCCUACGCCCAGAGGUAGAGACGGCAAAUAUGGCCGUGCACAUGGUCUACCAGAAUCAGAUCGUUGAGCUCAUUCUUAUGGAAUAUGAGAAGAUAUUUGGCAGGUAGGUCACACGCACAGGAACAUUUUGACCAAACCCAGCGGGACAGUUACUGCUGAAGACUGAACAACCCAUUGACUGCCAGUCUGAACACUGUUUUGAUAUGUUUACAUGAGAGGAACACCUGCAUUAAAAACAAAAAACACCACUCUGGCUUCAAGAUAAACAGUCAAAUCCUUUCUCAUAUCUUUAUUGGACUAAAUAAUUGUUAUUUUUUUGACUGGAUGUCAUAUUAUUUUUAUAUAUACCUAAAUCCAUUGGACUGUCAUUUUUGGACCAUUUUUGGAUUCAUUUGGAGCAACGAGGGCUUGAAAUAUGAAUGUUUUCUGUCCGACUGAAAACCGUUGGAGAAAUCUGAUGCUUCAUUUUAGAUUUCCGUUCACUACAAAUACUACGCUUUGCAUCACGUCUUUCUGUGGUAAUACUGUAAUAUGGUUUGGAACAACACAUCAACUGAUGGACUGAUAUGAUAGACUUGGAUUUUAUUCUAUACUAAAAACUAAUUUUCACGGGAAUGGAUUGAAUUCUGUUCUGGGCUCCCGGAAGUGACCCCUGAGAUGACCACUGCUGGGAAACACUGGAGUUAUUGUAUAGACUCUCAAAAUUUGGACACACAAUCUUUUGUUCAAGUCUCGGCCACGAUUUCCUGAUAAUUGAUCCAACAUCAAAGGAUGUACAAACUCUUGAGCUAUGAAAAUAUAUGUCAAUUAUAUUUCAGGCUGUACGAGUGCAUCUGUCCCCUUCGGUCCUUAGAGAGACACUGAAAGGAAAUGUGUCCAUGACACAUUUAACCCUUUGAGGACAUUAGACUCGCAACUGUUCCUGACCAGACCCCAGCCAUGCAUUGAAAACUCUCAC